UGUGUGUGUGUGUGUGUGUGUGUGUGUGUGCAUAGUAAAAGAGCAUCCUUAUCCUGUGUGUGUGUGUGUGUGUGUGUGUGUGUGUGUGUGUGCGUGCGUGUUAGUGUGUGUCCAAAAGGGGUUAAUCUAUUCAUCCAGCCUGCAGGUCCUUGAUGGGGUCCAAAUGCAGCAGGGCUUAACUUAACCCUGAUCUCUGACUGCAUCAUCAUCUCCUCACACACACACGCGCACACACACACACACACACACACACACACACACACACACACACACAUACACACACACACACACACACACACACACACACACACACACACACACAAUCUCUCUCUCUCUCUUUCUCAUCACCUUUCAACAAUGGAGCUUUCCUGUCGAUAAGGAGGAUGAGGAGGGAGGGACAGGUGAAGAGAACAGGGAGAUGAUUAUCGGACAGAGGAGGGGGAGGAGGAUGAUGGACAAGCAUCAGAAGUCUCCGUCAGACGUGCUGGAAGCUGUUCGGAGCAACAGAUAGUAGAGCGACAGACGAAGAGAGCUGAGUGGAGAAAAAACAUCUGCACUCCUCUCUCUCUCCAUCCAUCCAUCCAUCCAUCUCUGCAACUCACGACUUUCCUCCUCCUCCUCCUUGUCUCCUCCUCCCAGCAAGCACGGGAUUCCCCCAGUUUUAUCCUUUUCCCCCUCCUACUCCUCUUCCCCGCCUCCUCUUCUUCUUGCACUAGCCGCAUUUGCUUCGGAUCUUGGCGCACGGCUCUGCGCCUUUGCAUCGCAGGUUGGCUAAACAAGGCGCAGAUAUGCGGGGGGACUGAUCCUCACCUAUACCCACGCCACAGAGGACACCGAGCAUUCAUCAUAUUUUCAUGCGACAUUUUGAGCCAAUGUAGGAGCGCGCGUGUGCGUGUUGAUGGUGCGCACAGAUGGAGCUUUACGCGCAGUGUGUGAGUGUGAGCGCCGCUGAGCGAGGAACCGCGCUCCUCCCGGACACCUGCUGCUUCGUUAAGAUAAAGAAAGUCCAAAUCUAUGCCAACAUGUGACUUUCUUUUCUCCUCAGCGGAUCUACAAAAGGGUUAACUGGCAAAAAAGAGACGGUGUUGUGACUGUGUGAAACCAUUCUCCUCCUCUUCUUCUCUUGUGAGUGAUUUUGCGAUGGAUCCUGUUUGGCUUCUCCUUCUGCUCCCUUCCCUUCUCAGAGCGCAGGUCACUCCAGACCUCCCAUCAGGAGUCACGCUGGUUACAGACAACAGCACUGAUUCUUUGACAAACAGCACAAGCUCCCCCAGCUCCUUCAGAACCCCUCAGCCCUCUGGGUCUGCAGUGAUGUCUUCAGAAGCUCCUACAGAGCAGGAGGACGACUGGACCCCAGCAGAGACCUUCAUGUACACAGGAGACCCCCUUACUCUGGAGGGGGGCCGCUGCUCAAAACCGUACAGCCCCGCGGGGCAGACGGGUUCCCUGCCCGGCAGCUUCAGCGCCCCCCUCAGACCGGCUCUGAACGCGCUGGCAAACACAGCAAACUUCCUGAACAUGAUCUUCCAGGCGAGUGACCUAAGAGAGAGCACAGUGCAGGAGGACAUGGAGUGGUACCACGCUCUGGUCCGCGCACUCCUGGAGGCCGACCUGCUUAUCCAGCGGGCCCUGCUCACUUUUGACGCUGACCCGAUGGCAGCAGUACCACAGCUGGUGCUCCGCGCCUCCAGAAACCCCGCAGCUAAAGUCCAAACCAUCAUCCUUCAGGAUUUAUCCAAGGCCUGGGAGAGCCUGCACCCACCUUCCCCCGCCCCUGACGACAGCUGGUUCAGAAACUUUAAAUUCCCCGAGUCUAAUCAGCCGAUGGCAACACUGUCAAAGCGGGUGCUCCUUAAUGACCUCAGCACCCUUGAUACGCCCAAGUGGAGACAGGGCGACAGCUACGUGACCAAUCGCAGCGGCGUCCGCUGGGCCAGCGCCCCCUUUCUGGACUGUAAGGAUGGACGCUUUGUGCCCCGCUGGAUGCUCACCCUGUCAACGUCCUUCUACGGCCUAAAGCCUGACCUCACACCAGAGUUCAGAGGUGUGGUCCGUGUGGACGUCAACAUUCAAGACAUUGACCUGGACCAGUGUGCUACAGGAGAUGGCUGGUUUGCAGACACUCACCAGUGCAAUCGCACCACCAUGGAGUGUGUACCUGUCCCAGGCAGAGGUUUUCAACUGGGUCAGUACUGCUGCCGCUGUAGAGAAGGUUACUUCAACCCUGAGAUUCUCAUUCAAGACUUGGAUGGCGGCCCUGUGAACGGGAGUGAAGACAGCCGUGUGUGUUACCCAAACUUGCCCAUCUGUCUGCCGUGCUGGCCGGGCUGCAGGAGCUGUCAGGACGGCACCCCCUGCCGGGUGCAGGAGGCCUGGCUCCUCAGGGCCACUGUGCUGGCCGUCCAGGGGGUCUUCAUGCUCCUCAUCUUUGUCAGCAUGCUGGUGGCCUACAGACAUCGGAGAAACCGGAGGAUCCGAGCGUCUGGCCUUUUGCUGCUGGAGACGAUCCUGUUCGGCUCUCUGCUCCUCUACUUCCCGGUUUUCAUCAUGUACUUCAAGCCGAGUACAUUCAGGUGUAUCCUGCUCCGCUGGGUCCGAAUGCUCGGCUUCUCUAUCGUCUAUGGCACGGUCACUCUGAAAAUGUACAGGGUUCUGAAGGUGUUCCUCUCCCGCACGGCCCAGAGAGUUCCCUACAUGUCCAGCCUCCACCUACUGAGGAUUCUGGGAGUGAUGCUGAUGGCAGUCAGCUGGUUCCUGUGUGCGUGGACAGUUGGUGUCCUGCAGAACCGAGACAGGAACAUCCCGGUGUUCAUCACAACAAGCACAUCAGACGGCCAGGGGUUUAACCUGUGUUACCUGGACCGCUGGGACUACAUGAUGGCUGUGGCUGAGCUUCUGUUCCUGUGCUGGGGCAGCUCCCUGUGGACCGCUGUCAGGCCGGUCCCCUCAGCUUUCCACGAGCCUCGCUACAUGGGCAUUGCCAUCCACAACGAGCUGCUUCUCUCCACCAUGUUUCACCUGUUCAGGUUCACCUUUCCCUCUCUCCAUCCUGAUUGGAUGUUGCUGCUCUCUUUCACACACACCCAUGUGACCAUCACUGUGACACUUGCGCUGCUCUUCAUUCCCAAGUUCCUUUAUGUGUCCAAACCUGGGAGAGCAGAGAUUGCAGCAGAGGUUUAUGAAGAUGAAGUGGACUUACGGCGGUCUGGCUCCUACCUCAACAGCAGCUUUCACUCCGCUUGGAGUGAACCCAGUGUGGACCCAGAUGACUUUAGGGAUGAGCUGAAGAAGUUAUAUGCCCAGUUAGAAGUCAACAAGACCAAGAAGAUGACAGCAAACAACCCUCAUCUAUCAAAGAAGCGGAGUUCUCGAUGUGCAUUGGGGAGAUCCAUUAUUAGACGCAUUGCUGAGAUCCCAGAAACUGUGAGUCGGCAGUGUAGCCGCGAGGAGAAAGAUGGAUCCUUCCACAGUAGAAAGGUGACUCAGUCUGACUCUUUCAGGAGGGCCCCAGAAACUGCUAGUAUUAGUUACAGAAGUUCAAUUAAAUCACCAUCACCAUCCUUGCACAAAUCCCAAAGUGAUCACCACUAUGUCAGGGAUAGAAACACUUCAUUGCGAGACUCCAUGUUCGACAACAAUUCUGUGAGGAGAUUUUCCCGGCGUUCCGAUACCGACUCCCUGGAUAUUCCCCCGGGGGUUUGUAAGUCAGCCAGUGCCCAAAAUCUGACAAUUGACACCAAUCUCCUGCAUCCUGAUCACACCAGGCUUCAUAAAUCCUGGAGUCUAACCUCCACUACAACCCAUUCUAUAGAGAACAUACCCAAGGUUAACAGAGCCAGCACAGUGCUGACACGAUCCAGGCAGAGCAUGUCCAUUGGUGACCAGACAAGGAGUGCUCUUCAGUCAGAGUCAUUUGACAAGGCUGAGGUCUGUCCUUGGGAGGUGGAGCAAGAAGAAACAGAAGUCAAGAACCAGAAGCAUGUCACCUACGCUAACUCUCAAGAUAGUGCAGAAAAGGGGCCAGCAUCUUCAGAGGUACUUAUCUGCCCCUGGGACCACGUACCACCUGUAGAAAAGACCCCUUCAGAGGAUAAGGGAUUACAAUGUGUGACUGAUUCCAUCAAGAAACAGCUCUCUGUGUCUGCAAGUGCACCAGCCUCACCAAGACCAAAGGUCACAAAAGAUCAACGUGUAUUCUCUUUCCGCACCACCACCAGUAAGUGGCUCUCUGUGAAAUCCAUUAUGGGAUCUUUGGAUGCUGGAAGCAAGGCUGGAAAGGAUGGAGAUCCACACAAAGAGGAUUCUGUCUCACAAAAAAGCCAGGAAAGUACUUCCACUACACCAAGAUCAGGAACAACUAGUAGACGUCCAAGCACAGAAAAGAAGUCCCUGCAAAAAAGAAGUAUGACAACAGGAGACGGAAAACCAUGCCUUGUCAAGCAAAAUGCCAUUAGACUGUCAUCUGGGGAUUCUUCCGACAGAAGUCCAAGAAGGCUUGUGAUUGUGAAAUCUGCUGUCUACCCUUGGGACAUGGAUGAUAUGCAAAAAGAUGGCAAUUACGAAAAUGUGUUUUUAUCAAGGCAGAACAGUAAACGUAGUAGUGUAAGUUCUUGGGAAACUUCCAGCAGCUGUAGAACUCCUUCAACUCACAGAAGAGGAAGUAAUCGGAUCACACCUGUUCGUAAUGUUUCCCAUGCUGAUGUAUGUCCAUGGGAGGCUGCUGGAGAGGGACCAAAAAAGCAGCAGAGCAUCAAAGGAGAUGUCUGCCCUUGGGAAACGCAGGUAUCUGAACCUUCUAAUGUAUGUCCAUGGGAAUCUCAAGAGCAUGGGAAUGUUAGAAGACAAGGAAGUGGUCUUGGUGACGUGUGUCCUUGGGAAUCAAAGGAUAUUCCCGUUAUUUAUUACACUAACAAGUCCAAAGAUUCACAGACACAACCGUCUUUGACAGGUGCAUCAGACAUAUGUCCCUGGGAGACAGCUGAAGCUCCAAAACCUUCCAUACAGCAAGAUAAUGAAUAUGCUAAUGUUUGUCCUUGGGAAGUUCAGGACAAGACUGAGGUUGUGUAUGAAAACCUCAAUCCUUUAAUGAACAAGGGAUCCUUAGUAGUGCCCCUGCGACAAGAAGUUAUGAAACCUGCUGUCUAUCCUGGUGCAUUGAAUGAGAUUUUAAGUAAUGAGCAACAAUACCAAGCACAAUCACCUGCACUACAUGUUGGUAAAGAGGUAAUCAAGACAACAGAAAGUUGUCCAUGGGAUUUCCCUGAACCCCCUAAAUUGGAAAACAUUUGUCCGUGGGAAGAGGAGAGCACAGAACCAGCGAAUACAGACUGUACUUCACCAGUGACCAUCAAGGUAGACAUUUGUCCCUGGGAAUCUGGACAUCAAGACAAACCAGAAGACUCACAAAACGUCAUCUUGCCUUUGAAAGCUGCUUCCAUACAAUCUGAAGAUAAAGACAGCCAAAAAGUAAACAUCUGUCCAUGGGAAACAGAAGCCCCUGAAAAAAAUGCAGUAACAGAGAUACAGUCACAAGGAAAGGAAAGACUAGCAGAUGUUUGUCCAUGGGAUAGUGGCCAACCAGACUCAGGUAUAUCACAGGCCCCCAUAUCAUCAGAGAGUCAUGUAAGGCAAGACACAGUUCGUGCGAAUGUUUGUCCAUGGGAUACAGAGGAAGCUGGGGCAGUCAAAAGUGAAAUAUUAAAUACAUCAGAGACACAGAAGCAACAAAAGAAUUCUCAGGAAGAUGUUUGCCCAUGGGAAACAGAAGCGCCGAAAGUUCUAAGAAAGCAAGACAGCUCUCGGGUAGAUGUUUGUCCGUGGGAGACAGAAGACACCAAAGUUGCACAAAAACAAGAGAGUUUAAGCAAAGAUGUUUGUCCAUGGGAAACUGAAGCGCCAAAAGUUUUAAAAAAGCAAGACAGCUCUCGAGUAGAUGUUUGUCCGUGGGAUACAGAUGACCAAAAUGUUCUCAGAAAGCAAGAUAGUGCUCAAGAAGACGUUUGUCCAUGGGAGACAGAUGAUUCAAAAGUUUUAAAAAAGCAAGAUAGCGCUCGAGCAGAUGUUUGUCCAUGGGAGACUGAUGAGCCAAAAGUUUUAAAAAAGCAAGAUAGCGCUCGAGCAGAUGUUUGUCCAUGGGAGACUGAUGAGCCAAAGGUUCUCAAAAAGCAAGACAGCUCUCAGGCAGAUGUAUGUCCAUGGGAAACUGAACAACCAGGAAUGGUCAAAAAGCAAGAAAGCUCUGGAGCAGAGGUAUGUCCCUGGGAAUCUAAAGAUCCUCAAACGUCUACCGAAAACAAGGCUGGGAAUACUAUUAGUGAAGAAGACAAAGUCACAGAGAACCAGGAAAGGCUCAGUAUAGAAGACACUCCAGCAGAUACCAGCACAGAGCAGAUAGAUGGAUCGAAAGAAAACUUAGCCCUGGGCCGGCGAGAUGCUUUGUGUCCAUGGGAGAUGGUCAGGAGCAGUUCUGGUUCAUUCACAGACAAUACUUCGGACGUUUUUACAUGGGAGCCUGAGAAUAUUCCAGAGGAGGAUGAAGAGGACGAUGCAGAAUGUGCUGCAGAGGCUUUUGUAUUCCCCCCUGACCUGUGACAUAAAUCUAGCCAACAUUUACUUUUGAGCCCUACUACUUAAUCGGGGGUAUAUGAAUUUUAUAAAACCUUAUCUUGGUGCCCUGUUAAUGGUCAAGGGAAACUUUAUUUUAGAGUCCUUACCUUCACAUGGGUGUCAGAGUGCAGGGUCAUGCUGCUGGAAAGGUUGUUACUUGAAUUAAUCAAAGACAGAAACCGGGCUGUGUUGAAUGGAGACAAUAAGCUGUGCAAAGAGAUAGAGGACAUUAGCACACAUGACAGAAAGGUUAUGUUCUCCACUAAUCCAGCAAUGUACUACAGACAGGCAUUUCUUGGCUGAUGAAGGGCAUCUAAGGCAUUUAGAUGGACUCCCUUUUCUUCCUGUGUCCAUCCCCUCAUUCAAAAAAAGUUUGUCUUUUUAUAAUGUGAGUUGACAAUUCACUACGCAGGUACUCUAUGUUAGACCUGACUUGAGUGAACAUGUUGCAAAAGCUGGACUUCAACAUCCAUGGUUCUCACAAUCAGAAAAUACAGCCCAAAACUUAAGAGGUGGAACUCUAAAAGAAAAAGAAAAAGCAUACUCCACAUAUCAAGUGUUAGUCUCAUGCGCAAAUUAUAUUUUAAAAGUAGAAGAAAGUAUUGAAGAAAGUAUGAAGCUGUCCUAUCGGUGCCACAAUGGAAGUCAAAUCCAAAAUGACUGAUUGAACUAUGCAUACCUCUCAAAGUGACUUCCUGACUUAAGGCCAAUGAUAAAUGUUCACUUUUGAUUCAAUGACAUACAUGUCAACAUGCCAAAAUGUAGAAAUCACCAUAUACUGACUUGCAGCUUAAUAGUGCUGCCCCUAAUAAUUGGGUAAAGGCUACAAUAACUAAGAAUUUUUAAAGUAAUAUCUAUGUCUUUUCAUGUGAACACAAGUUUCACUUAGGUGGAUAUUUGGAUUUAAAAAAAAUUUGGAAACAUUUUGAAUGUAUGGUUAUUGCAAAGAAUAACAAAAAAUGUAUUGUUUGGGUUGCAGCUCACAUGACCUCCCCAAACUUUAGUUAUCUAAAUGUUCCAUUUACUGUAAUGAGAGCUAUUAUGAUGAGGCCCUAGGUCCAAUUAGAAAACACUAGGAAGCAUCAUUUGUGUUACAGAUCUUUGGACACCAGUUUCAUACGUACGUGAAAAUGAGACAUGAGUCAUAUACAUAAAGUCUCAAUCAAGUCAGCACCUAGUUCCUUAAAAAUUGGGUCCCCCUCAAAAACAGAACGUGAUGAUUUGCAAAACAUUGAAUCACUUUAAUUGAAAAUAGCACAAAGACAACAUGUCAAAUGUUAAGCGUUUCAAAAAAGUUGGGACAGUGGCAGCCUGGAAAAGUUAUGACACUUUUUAAAAAUGCCUUGUGGAAAAUCUCACGGUUUACAAGGUGAAAUGACAACAGGUUAGUAAGAUGAUUGGGUAUAAAAAGAGCAACCCAGAGAGACAACGUCUUUCUGAAGUGAAGAGUGGGAGGGAAAGACAGAGCCGGCAACUAGUGCAACACUUAUAUAAUAAGAAUAAUUUUUUAACACAAAAUAUCAGAAGAUCUGGGAGUUUCAUGGUCUAAAGUACAUCCAGAGUAUCUGAAAAAAUCUCUCAAUGCAGGGGACAAAGCUUCAAACCAAUAUUGGAUGGCUAUGUCCGCCUGAGGCCCUCAGUCAGUCCUACAGUAAAAGCAGACAUGGGCUCAGAAACACUUCGAAAACCAUCAUCUGUGACAGCAGUUCAUCUCCGCAUUCACAAAGACUAGCUGAAACUGUACCAUGCAAAGAGAAAGCCAGAUCCAGAAACACUGCUGCCUUCUCUGGAUCAAUGCUCCUUAAAGAUUGUCCAAGGCGAAGCACAAAACUGUCCUGAGGUCGGAAGAGUCAAAUAUGUGAAGGCACCAUUAAUGCUGAACCAUAUUUUCAGGUUUUGGAGCAACACAUGCUCCCAAAUAGACAACUUCUUUUCCAGAGAAGGCCUUGCUUAUUUCAGCAAGACCAUGCCAAACCACAUUCUGGAUGUAUUACAACAGCAUGGCUCCAUAGUAGGGGUCAGGGUCCCCAAGAGUCCGGGUAAUAAACUGGCCUUCCUGCAGAUUCGACCUGUCACCCUGCGACCCUGUUUGGCGCAUCUGUGCCCAGUUACAUCAGCUGAGUGUAAAUUCUGUCUUAAUUUACAGUGUAAAGUCUGCAUUAAACCCUAUGUUGAAACUAGUUAGGUUCUAACUC